AUGUCGAACGGGAUCGCCCACCUUGCUUUCACCGGAGGCCGGCGCAUCCAGGUAGGCUACUCAAAAUCAAACCGCUCGAGCUGCAAGCAAUGCAGAAAAGGCAUUCAGAAGGAUGCCCUGCGAGUUGGCCAGCUCACAGGAAGCCCAACCGAGGGCAUCGGCCCCAAGUGGUGCCAUCCCAGCUGCUUCCUGGACUUCAUCAAGGGCUGCUUCGCAAAGCCAGAGGAGUGGUUCAAGAAGUACGUGCCAGAUGCAGAGCAGAUUCCGGGGAUCGAAAGCCUGACGCCAGAUGACAAAGCCAUCAUCACCGACUUGGUUGCGCUGGGCAGGAAUCCGAUGCGGUAUGUGGUCACCGUCACAGAGUCGCGCGAGGCAUCAGGUGAGAUACAGCUGGUGUGCACCAACAUGAACGGGGACGCCGUGUGUCCAAACUUGCGGCCUGACACCAAGGCCAACGUGAGAAGGCACGUUGCGCAGCAUGUGGGCCGGCGAGAGACUGAAGUCGAGUUGGUCAACGCUGAUGGCUCCUUGUUUGACGGAGCCUCAGGCCCGUCCCGCGGUGCCAAGAGGAAGGCGCCAGGGAGCGAUUCGAGAGCUGCCCUGUUGGCGUCUGCUGGUGGCGCGUGA